AUGCCUAUCGAAAAGCUGGAAAACCUCCGAUGGAAAGUGCCACACCUCGGAAAUCCGGAUAGUAGCAUUAGAACUUUUGCAAUGACAUGCUACGGGACGGUCUUCAACGGAUACCGAGAUAUGCAGGACCGAGUGCGAACGGUUUGUGAAACAGACGGGAUGGCCUGUACGGUCCCAGACCUUCCUACCGUUCCAGAAUUCUGGCAGGGUAUUCUAGACGGAAGAAAAUAUUUGCAUAAGCUUCUUUGGACGUUCAAGGACUCCCACAAGAGAGAUGUUAGAGCCGGUGUUACCGAUUGGGUCGUUGAAGUGCUCAUGCCUAUCACUCAGUUUACAAAGUUCAAAGAAGCGAUGGACCGAAAGGUGGAAGAAGGAUUGCAAGAAAAGAUGGCGUCCCACGGGCAGACGCGACUCGAAGACCACUUCAAUCGCCCCCAAAAGAAGUCGCCCGCCAGGACCAAGAAGUCGCCCGCCAGGACAAGAAGUCGAAGAAGAAGUCUCCUCCAGUCACACAGAAGAAGCAACAGCAAGAGAAGAGGAAGUCAAACACAGCCUCCCCUCCCUUAG